GCUGCAAGCGUUUAUGUUGGUUGUGAAGUUUAUCAAUACAUUCAAUUAAUCAAUGGGGGAGAAAAUGAGUCAACUUACUAUAGAGGACUGAGUUUGCAAUCACCAACUCUAUUCCGCUUCUUAACUACGCUGAUGCAAUUGAAAGAGCUCAACAAGACGAGAAAAAAAGAAGACUCGUCACUCACAAACUCACAAAUUAACAGUGGAAAUCCCAUCCACGUUGCUACUUUCUCAAAUUCUGAUUCGACUUCCAAAAUUGAUGCAAAUAAAGGAAAAAGAUUGAGAAAGAGUUCUAUCAAAGAAGAUGAUGACAUUGUUUUUCAAGUGAUGAUGAUGAUAUCACCAUUAGCAUCA